UAUUUUUGACUGCCUUAUCUUUCGGUUUCUCGUAUAUGCGAUAUGUCGGGGCGGGUGAUGAGAAAUUUGUGUUCUCUCUUAAAUAUCUUCUCCCUUUUCUGGCUUUAUGGUAUCCGGUCGCCGUCGUCGUCUUCCGCUGCCCCUGACAAGAAGGUUAGAUCUCUGAGGGGUUACUGCUCUGUCCAUUAAAUGCAGGAAGACUUGCAGAGGAAAUAAAAUGGAUGCAAAUUUACUACGGGUUGACUGGUCUUGUUGGAGGUGCAGAAAGAUAGGUAAUAUAUGAUUCUUUUAUUAGUUGUUUCAGGAAAUGAUCGAGAUGAGCUGGCCACCAUAAAUCUAAAGGGUUUUGUUUGAUAUUGUACAAAAUCUCUCUUUUAGUAGUUGAUGUAUUUCAAUUACUAGCAGAAAGAAGUUGACAGCUCUAGGAUUUGUACGAGGAGAAAAUAUAUGUAUAUAUAUUGUCUGAACUGAAGACAGUUUUGGUUGCUGAAAAAGAAAAUGGCCUUUUCAUUCAAAUGCAUCAGAGGAAUCCUUCAAAGGAAAAUAGAUUUCCGGAUUUCCCUUGAUAUCUUCGCGUUGAUUUGCCGAAAGUGAGUAAAUAAUUGAUCCUUUAGAAUUUGGAUAAUGACUCCAGUCUUAUCCACCUUUGUUGAAGUUUCAACGAUUGUAACGGUGAUGGUCUUCUUGGAGUUGCAGAUUAAUAGCGGAAAAAGAAAAUAAUAUUUCCCGUUGGUUGGGUGGGGGUUUUCAUAGAAUUUGUAGGGGAAAUGCCAUGUGGUCAGCUUGGAUAUCUGCACAUGGCCCCUCAGAUUUCUAUUAUCUAAGCUGUGAGGUUGCAAACCAAUACAGAAAAACCGAAGUUUGGGGUUUUCAAGUGAAUCAGUUGCAGAGAAAAACCACCUGAUUGGUGUUAGAGAAAACAAAAGCCCGGUUUUUUAGGAGCCGCGGGAACUGUGAUCAGAGACACAGCUCUGUAAUUUCAGUGCGGACCCAGUUAAAAAAUCUUCGUCUUUAUCUCUCUUUCCCCCCUUUAUUUUGCUUAUUCUUUGAAAGCCAGUUCAGCUGUUCAGGUAUACCUGUUCUCCAAAUCUCAAAAACACCAAAUUGAAGGACCAAACCAGUUUUCUUCACCUAACUGGUUCAUUUUUCUUCGAUAAUCCAUCCAUUAUCAUUAUUAUAAUUCUCUUACUCCACCUGGUCCUUCCCCGAUAGGCCUCUUCUUAUUCCUUAUUCUUCUUCUUCUUCUCCAAAACAGCAAAAGUUGAAAGCCCAUCUCAUUUCUUUCUCUUUGUAGUUCUUCUCUCUGAUAUCUUUGUAGUAAAAGUAAAUCAGCUGCCAUUUAAGGUUCUUUUGGGGACAAAGAGACCGGAGGUUUGAAACCUUUUGCUCUCAGGUGCCCAUUAUCCACUUACAUAUCCGGCGAAAAUCCUCCCGUCCUUUUUCCUUCCCAUUCUCUCUAAACUCCCAACUUCGCCAGAAAAACAAGGAUCGUUGAUAUUACAUCAUUGAAAGGGUUCAUCAAUCAUCAGCCCUCCUUUCUUGUCUUUCCUCUUUUUUUUUUGUCCGAUAUAUCCAGUUAUCCACAAUAUCUCUGGAAACUCUUCCUGUUCUUUCGCUCUCUUAGUAUUUAAACUCGUGAUAUAUAUUUGAUCAAAAAGGGAAUAGGUGAGAAUGCAACGGGUUGUUAUUCUCUUUAUAUCUUUUCAGCAACCUGGGAAUAAUACUGUCGUCUCUUUCUCAUCUCUGUAAUCAUUUUCAUGACAUUUGAACAUUGAGCACGAAAUAAAGAGAUUUGACUGAAAUGGUUUUUCUUCCAUUCAUGUCUUUUCACCAACCUGACAGUGACUCCUAUUCUUCUCGGUUCGACUUUUCUUUUUCAGCUGCAAAGUGUUCUUGCUUGCUGAUCUACUUAUCUUAACCGUUACUUUUCUUUUCCCUCGGUAGGUGAAUCUGACCGGGAGGGGGGGGGAAGUUUUCGACUGUGAUGUUUAAUUAACUGAAAAUCAAUGACGACUCUUUUUUGUUUCUUCACUCCAUCAAUGUUCCCCAUUGCAGUUGUUCUAUUUUUUAUCCUCUCUGUUAUUCUAAGUUCUGCUUUCCCUUCAGUCCUGGUUACAAUAAUCGUUUUGGUUUCAUCUGCUCUUUUCGUAACAUUCACAAAGCAAAGAACCGGCUGUGUAGAGAGCUCAGUGAAAGAUGAGCUUACAAGUACUGACGAGAAAAACCUGGGAGAGAGAGGAUGUGGAAGACGAGCCACUCCGAGAAGCCGAGGAUGAUGCACAUGAUAGAGAAACCCAAGAUUGGGGCGGAAGAGGUAAGCUUGAUGAGAAUGGCAUCAGGUCACCGGAUUUUCUAUCGGAGAGCGAAAGCAUGGAUCACUCGUCCGGUAGUGAUCGGUGGGAUGUUGAGUCGCCGUCUCCAAGCAAAAUGGGACGGAUUCAGAAAUGCUCCGAUGAUCCAAUUUCAGAUGAUGAUAGCCUCAUUGAGAUUGAGCUCCCCGAUGGGCAUUACGUCGGCCCCAAAGAACAGCACAAGUCAAGGCAGACGCCUAAUCUGCUAGAAAUGUUGCCGGGGUCAAUUUCUCGACAACAGGACAUAAUGGAGCUUCUAUCGGAAAUUAACGAGAUGAAUGAAGAAGAGAAUUUGAUAGAGAUCGACAUCUCCAUGGGCUCCAUCAAGUGUUCGAGGUUAGAGAUUGAAGCGUGACUGACUGCAAGUGCUUACUGAGUGAGUUUGGUCCUUCGUCUCGUGCUACAUUUUGGGUUAGUGUUAGAUCCUGGACUGGAACGUUUUGUUUUUUGUUGUUGAAAUGUUCUGUAUUCGUUCACACGGUUUUAAUAUUACAAAUUAGUACAGGCUUUGUACACUGGUUGAAGCAUUGGAACCGUACUUCUUUUAUUUCUUGAAGUA